GGGCUUAGCCCUCUCAAGUAUCAAGCCCAAAAUAUAACAUCAGUUGAUACCAAGCUUCUCCUACCUUUGCUUACUACAUCAUGAAGCCUCCUGAGUUGGGAUUUCUUCUAGGGUUCUUCAUCUUCCUCUUGCUGACUACCCCAUUAAUGGGUGGUGUUGCUAAACUUGCUGAAAUGAUAUGUGGAGACCUCAAAGAUCCUUGCAAAAUGGAUAUGAAAACUGGUAGCUGCUUUGAAAUUCACUUUAGAUAUUUCUACAACCGAACCUCCAAGAGAUGUGAAAGUUUUGUAUUCUCUGGAUGUGAUGGCAACCUUAACAACUACAAGCUUAAAAUAGAAUGUGACAUAGCCUGUGUCAAAGAAUACAAAAUAAAAGACAAUAAGCCGAGAGGUUAGAGUUGAUACACCAUUCUGAAACAUAGUUGUAAGAAAAUUCAAAUCAAUUUUAAGACCUUUGUAAUAUUUCCAUAAUCCUGGAAACUUCCAUAUGUUUGCUAUUUUCCUAACUUGAGGUUUGCCUUUCCUGAGAAAUAAUUGUAUGACCAUUAAAAUGAAAGCAACUUUGUGUCA